UCUCUCUCUCUCUCUCUNCUCUCUCUCUCUCUCUCUCUAUCUCUAUAUCUCCCGCUCCGUGGUUCUUUCGUAAAUUUUCUCCAAUUAUAAAUCUCGCCGGCGGCGGCGAUCAACCUAAUCGGAGUCUUGUAUUUUUGUAUUAUAUACGGUGUAAAGAUCAAAUCAAAAAUCCAAAGUCCCCUAAAAACCUCCGUCUUGGUUUUUUAUAUCUCGAUUUUAGGGUUUGAAAUCGAUUUUUGGGGGUUUUUGUUGAGAGAUUUGUGAGGAGGGAAGAAGAUGCCGAGGAGUACGAGGCAUAAAUCGAGUAAGCAUAAGGAUGCGGCGGCGGCGAAGGAGUAUUCUGAUUCGGAGAAAGAGUCGAGUUUGAAGGAGAAGAAGAGUAAAGAAGAGAUUGCUUCUAGUGUUAGGGUUUCGAAAGAGUCUGGUUCUGGUGAUAAGCGUAAAGAGUAUUAUGAUUCUGUUAAUGGUGAGUAUUAUGAGGAGUAUACUUCUUCUUCGUCCAAGAGGAGGAAAGGGAAGAGUGGUGAUAGUGGUGGUAGUGAUAGGUGGAAUGGGAAAGAUGAUGAGAAAGGUGAGAGUUCGAAGAAGGUGAAGUCGUCUAGUGAGAAGAGUAGUAGGAGGAGAGAUGAUGGGGAUGGUGAGGAGACGAAGAAGAGUAGUGGUAAGAGUGAUGGGAAACAUAGGGAGUCUAGUAGAAGGGAGAGUAAAGAUUCUGAGAAGGAGAGGGAGAGGGAGAAAGAUAGGAAGUAUAAAGAAGGGAAAAGUGACAAGCUUUAUGAUGGUGAUGAUCAUCAUAAAUCUAAAGGUGGUUCUGAUAAAACUGAAUCAAAAGCUCAGGAUUAUGCAAGGAGUCCUGGUACGGAAAAUUAUACUGAGAAGCGAUCAAGGCGUAAGAAGGAUGAUCAUGGUGCUGGAGACAAGCAUCAAGAUAACAGCGAUGAUGUUGGUGAUAGGCUUGAUGACUACAUUAAAGAUGGAAAGCAAAAGGGAGAGAAAAGAGAUAAGUAUCGGGAAGACAAGGAAGAGGACAUCAAACAGAAAGGUGACAAGCAGAGAGAUGACCGACCUACUAAAGAGCAUCCUAAGUCUGAUGAAAAGCUCCUCCGAGAUGAAAGUAAAAAAAAAUCUAAAAUUCAGGAUACUGACCAUGGUCAUGAGCCUGACAGUGAACUUGAAGGAUAUCAUGACCGUGAACGCCAUAGAGACUAUGAGAGAGAAAGUGAUCGAAAUGAUCGGGACCGCGAACGAGUUCGGGAUCGUGAUCGUGACUAUGAAAGAGAUAGGGACCACCGUGAUAGGGAUCGGGAACGUGAUCGCGAUCGUCGAGAUUAUGAGCAUGAUCGUUACCAUGAACGAGAUUGGGACCGUGAUAGGAGUAGAGAUCGGGACCGGGAUCAUGAUAGGGACAGGACCCAUGACAGAGAAAAAGACCGUGGUAGUCGUGACUAUUAUCAUGAUGGGAAACGAAGUAAAAGCGACCGUGAAAGGGAUAAUGAUCGUGAUGUGUCUCGUCUAGAUGAUCAAAGUGGUCGGUAUAAGGAGAGGAGGGAAGGUAGGAGGUCUCCAGAUUAUCAGGAUUAUCAGGAGGUAACCUUAGGCUCUAGAAGCAACAGAGCAGAGCCUGAUGGUGAUACGAUAAGAUCAGAGCGCCAACUUUCCAGUGCGGUGGUUCAAGAUGAAAAUGGGAAUGUGUCGGAUCAGAUAACCAAAGGUGGUUCUUCAAGGGAGGCGGCUGAGCUGUCUGGCGGUUCAGAGAGAGGUAUAAGACAUAAAGUUUCUGAGAAAACUGCAAAGAUGGAAGAUGGUGUUUUGGGCGAGUUUCCGGCUGAAAGGUCCUCUGCCGCCAAAGCUUCUCCCCGCCCAAUGGUUGAAAGAUCUCCCUCUGCGACUAGUCUUGACCGGAGAUACAAUAAUCGGGGUGGUUUAAGACGUAGUCUUGAGGUUGAAGAAUCAGGUCAUAGGAACAAUGGUAGGGAUUAUUCAGCAACUGAGGAGGAAAGGCUUCUGGUUGAUGAGACGUCACAGGCAGAACUAUCGUUUAGGUUGCUGAUGAUGAGUCUCUUGGCGGCCAAACAAGCCACUCUGAUAAUAACAGGGCAAAAAGCGUUGAAGCUGGAUCAAAUCUAACAUCUCCAGCAAAAGAAGUGCAUGCAAGUUCUCCUAAAGUGACGGCGGAAGUUGCAGCUGAAGAUCUUGUUUCAGAAACUAUUGAUAACACUGAACGUUAUCGCCGGCAUUAUCUCUCAAAGCUUGAUAUAUCAGCAGGACUUGCUGAUUCUGAGCUGCGUAAAUGCAUUAGCUUAUUGAUAGGUGAAGAUCAUUUAACAGUUGAUGAUGGAACUGCCGUGUUUGUAAAUCUCAAGGAAGGUGGGAAGAGAGUGCCCAAAAGUAACAGUACUUCCUUGGCGGCUCUUUCACUGUUACCAUCUCAGAACUUUUCAGUAUUUCAGAUAGCUAUGGACUUUUAUAAGGAGCAACGAUUUGAAAUAAAGGGUCUUCCAAAUGUCAAAAAUCACGGGCCUUCUCAAGUCUCUCCUUCCAAUCUGGUUAAAGUCGAAAACAAUGAUGAAGUGAAAGUAAUUAGUUCAAUGGAGACAUCAGAUGUGAAAAUUGGGGAUGUGUCAGAUUCAGACACAUCCCAAAAUGAACUGCAAAAAGUGCCGUCACAUGUUGGUACAGAAAUGGAGAUAGAAACACAAGACACAGGAUCCUUGUCUCCCAACCCAGACAAGUCACCUGAGGCCCUAAAAGCUGUGGCGUCGGAUGACAUUGAAGGUUACGUGCAAGCUGUGGCUUCAGACAACAUUGAAGGUGAUGAGCAAGAGACAAAGCCGAAGCCAGAUGAUGGAGCUGGUGUAGACCAAACAAUGGAGCCAGCUCCCGAGCAUGAUGGUGUUCCAGAAGAUGAUCCAGUAACCUUGUCAGUAGCUUCACCGGCUCCCGAGCAUGAUGGCGUUCCAGAAGAUGAUCCAGUUACCUUGUCAGUAGCUUCACCGGCACGCGUGGCUAUGGAUGUCGAUGAGCGGAAAGAUUUGUCUGUAGACGAGAACAUGGAAGAAGCAGAAGAGAAGAAGGAAGCUGAUGAUGGUUAUGGUGAUGGAGAUGGAAGUGUAGUUGUUGGGGAUGUAUCUCCAAAGGUAACAGAACCAUUAGUUCAUGAAUCUGAUGAGUCAGUAAUAAGUCGGAUACAUGAUUCUCCUCAAAGUACACAUUAAGACAUUUCUAUAUUUCCAUCUCA